GCUUAUUUCCCUCUAGCACCCAGCAGUAGCACAGUAUCCAUGAGCCACAUAUAGCACUUCAGCCACUUUGGCAUUCUUCCUGGACUUACAGACACUGAAUCCUCUGCUCCCUGUUCAGGCAAUGGUUAUCCACAGUGGCUGCUUUCACUGUACUUCAGCGUAGAGCGACUCUUACUCGUCUUAUUUCUCCUGAAACAUCGCCUCUGCUUGUGUGUUUUUUUCUUCUUUCAAAACAGCGGAUUGUCCGAAAAGCUGGUGCAGCAACUUUUCCCUGCAUAUUUCCCCCCCACCAGAAUAUGUCGUUGACCAACACAAAGACGGGCUUUUCUGUAAAGGACAUUUUGGACCUUCCUGACACAAAUGACGAAGAAGGAUCUAUCACCGGACCGGAGGAUGACACGGAGGGAUCGGAGACCACGUCUACGACAAAAACCACUGGAGUUUUGGUGCAAAGUCCUCUAGAAAACGUUCAAAAUCUGCCUUUAAAGAACCCCUUUUAUGACAGUAGUGAGAAUCCUUACACACGAUGGCUUGCUACUACGGACAGUAUUCAAUAUUCAUUGCACGGUCUCUCCGCCAGCUCUCAGGACUCGGCCAAGUCCCCGGAGCCGUCCGCGGACGACGAAUCGCCGGACAACGACAAGGAAACUUCCAGCAGCGGCGGCAGCGACUCCGGCAAGAAGCGGAAAAGGAGGGUGUUGUUUUCCAAGGCGCAAACCUACGAGCUGGAGCGCCGCUUCCGGCAGCAGAGGUACCUGUCCGCCCCGGAGAGGGAACACCUGGCCAGCCUCAUCCGCCUCACCCCGACCCAGGUGAAGAUCUGGUUCCAGAACCACCGGUAUAAGAUGAAGAGAGCCCGGGCCGAGAAAGGUAUGGAAGUGACCCAUCUCCCUUCUCCCAGGCGGGUGGCCGUGCCCGUCUUAGUCAGGGAUGGAAAGCCUUGUCACACUCUUAAAGCUCAGGACUUGGCGGCCACUUUUCAGGCCGGGAUCCCCUUCUCGGCUUAUAGUGCCCAGUCACUCCAACACAUGCAGUAUAACGCGCAGUACAGCGCCGCGGCGCAGUUCCCAGCACAUCACUUGGUGCAAACGCAACAGUGGACUUGGUGAGAGAAAUUAUAGAGACUUGGCUUGGAGGCACGAUAGGGAGUUUCACCACAAAGCAAAGAAAAAAAAAAUAAAACACAAAAAACAAAAGACUUUUCAUUUUUGCAGCUUGACUCAUAUAUAUACUACCAUUUUUAUUCGGGGCUCAUGUGUGCGCCGUGUUUACGUGUUUUCGUUAAGAGAACUGGGUCCGAACCUCUCCCUUAUAGAUUUUAUUAAGAAUGUCAAUGCUCUUAUUGUGAAAUUAUUUUGUAAAGUAUGUUGUGUGUUGGUUGUAGAGAUGUUUUCCUCUUUUUAUUUUAUUUUGUCCCUUCGUGUUAUUAUCAGCACGUACGAACCACUUUAUAAUUAUAGAAAUUUUAAUUUCUUGCUUCUUUUAUGAACCGAAAAAUAUUUAUGGCCAUGAAUAAACACUGGCAACUUUGCAGCUAUUUUUUCCUUUUGUUUUUAUUUACUGUAAAUAUCUUGUGGCAUAUGUUUGCAACCUAGAGAGCUUUCGGGAGCAUAAAGCUGAAGAUCAGCCUCUAUAUAUUUACACAUUUUGAAAAAAAAACGAGGGAGUGAGUUUUGGCAAAAACGUUAUGACUGCCGUGUCAGAUCACAUUAUGUAAAUAACAGUGUAGCUGCGCGGUGUUGGCUAAAUAUCCCACAUUUUUUAAGAGGAUUUUAAAAUAAAAUGCUGUGUUUCUGAAAA